AUGAUCCAGAGGCAGCGCGUCCAAGCGGCGCAGGUAUGGGUCCAGAUGGGACAGCUUCUGGGUCCAGACCCGGACCGCGGUCCGCCAGUUAAUGACCUCUGUCCACACUCCAUACCAGUUGGUGGCGGUAAUGCGCAUCUACAGGUAUUUGCCAACCGCCAUAAAAUCCUACAAGAAGAAGAAAGGAUUUCCGGUUCCGCUGGCCCCGCCCCCUCUUCCCAAACACGCGGAUCUCUUCGAGUUUUUCAUCCUUUGUUCUCUGUUCGUCAGCAGCCCAGAAGCGGGAGUGUUGAUAAAACUGUAAGAGAGCUGCAGCAGCAGCAGUUGAUGAACUCUGGAAAGAAGUCCAGCAGCUUGAGGAACAUCUGGUCAAAGAAACUGGAGGGAAGCAGGAGCUCAAACAGCGGCAGGACGCAGCAGAGGAAGAGACACCAGAUGAUGGAUGAUGUUUUCCAGCCCAGAUUAGUGCUGCCAGCAGAUGUUAAAGAAGAGGCUCCUGAAGAACAGAGUCCUGAUGUGGAUCAGCAGGAGCCAGAGCCCCUCCAGAUAAAAGAGGAACAGGAGGAACUCUGGACCAGUCAGGAAGGAGAGCAGCUCACUGUGAAGGAGGAGACUGAUACCAGGUUUCCAUUAACUGCAGCUCCUAUCAAGAAUGUUAAAGAAGAGGCUCCUGAAGAACAGAGUCCUGAUAUGGACCAGCAGGAGCUGGAGCUCCUCCACAUAAAGGAGGAAAAUGAAAGAAUCUGGUCCAGCCAGGAUGAAGAACAACUGAAUGUGAAGAAGGAGACUGAUUAUACCAGGUUUCCAGUAACUGUUGUUCAUAUGAAGAGUGAAGAGGAUGAAGAGAAACCUCUGUUCUCUCAGCUUCAUCAACACCAAACAGAAGACAGAGAUCUUCCAAGAAGUAUCUCAAAUGACCAGAUAAAAGUAGAAAUUAAAGAAGAGGACUGUGGAACAUCAGUAUCCAGCAGGAACCCAGAUCUAAAUACUCAUGGAGGCUCUUCCAACUAUUCUGAAACUGAAGAUGGUGAGGAUGAUGAAGAGGAUGAUGAUGUGAAGCAUCAUGAAUCUGAGCUUAAACACUUAUCAGACUCUGAAACUGAAGACAGUGAGGAUGAUUGGAAGGAGAGCAGGACUCCAGGAUCUGGCAGAAACACUGUCAACAAAUAUUUGAGCUGCUCUGAGUGUGGGGGAAAAUUUGCUAACAGACGCUCUCUUCAGAGUCACAUGACAUGUCAUCCAAGAUUAACUUCUUCAGAUUGUUCUGGUAAUGAGACGUGUUUCAGAGAAAAGAAAAACAUAGAUUCGCUCACGAAGUUUCAGACGGGUAGUAAAGAUUUUAACUGUGGUGAGUGUGGUAAAAGUUUUAACUUGAAACGAGAUCUCAAAAGGCACACAAAAGUCCACACAGGAGACAAACCUUUUAGUUGUGAUGCUUGUGGAAAAAGAUUUGCCUGCAAGUCAUAUUUAAACACACACAUGAGAAUUCACACAGGAGACAAACCUGUUAGUUGUGAUACUUCAGCCCAGAAGCUGGAGUGUUGA